AUGCACUGCCUUAAGAGUCUGAGGACAGCCAACCCGGGAAUCCUGCUGCUGUUUAAAAAUGCAGUCAUCACCGCUAGAGCUGGAGCUGAGAUGUCCAGGAGUCAGCAACCUGUCCUGAUUACCAGCUGGGCCGCAUCAGCUCACAGCCACAAAGCCUUCCAUCAGCAGGGCCCUGAUGUGGACCAGGGGCCUUCCAAAAAUCAAUUGAUGUCCAGUAUGGAGGACCUACUUUUCUACACCAUCACUGAUGGCAAAGAGAUGAUCCCCCUCUCCCACUUCUUCACCGCUUUGAAGAAAACAGGUUUGUUAACAUCUGACCCCCGGCUGCGUGACUGCAUCCGUCAGAUGCGGCAGUCCACACGUGACGCUGUCGGGACGGUCAUGAUGGACAAGAAGCUCUUCAGAAGAUGUGUGGGGAACAACAUCUUGUUGCUGACUAAGGCUUUCAGAAAAAAAUUCAUCAUCCCCAACUUUGAUGAAUUUACCCAGCAGAUUGAUAGGAUGUAUGAGAAUGCACAUCAGGAAACGAGAGGGCUUGUGGCCAAUUACAUUCCUCAGCUGGCUAAGUUCAACCCUGAACUCUGGGGUGUGUCUCUGUGCACAAUUGAUGGACAGAGGUUCUCAGUGGGUGACACCAAGAUUCCCUUUUGCCUACAGUCGUGUGUGAAGCCUUUAGAAUAUGCCAUUGCUGUCCAUGAGCUCGGCACUGAGCAUGUUCAUCAAUUUGUGGGCAAAGAACCAAGUGGAUUUAAGUUCAACAAGCUGUCACUAAAUGAGGACGAUAAACCACACAACCCCAUGGUGAACGCGGGAGCUAUUGUAAUCAGUUCUUUGCUUAAGCCUCAUUCAAAUAAGGCCGAGAGAUUCGACCAUGUGAUGGAGUUCCUGAAAAGCAUGGCUGGUACAGAGUAUGUGGGAUUCAGCAACGCAACAUUCCAGUCAGAGAGGGAGACUGGUGAUAGGAAUUAUGCAAUUGGUUAUUACCUCAAAGAGAAGAAGUGUUUUCCUGACAAUGCCGACAUGACUGCAGCCCUCGACUUCUACUUUCAGUUGUGUUCCAUAGAGAUAACCUGUGAGUCAGGAAGUGUCAUGGCUGCUACUCUGGCCAAUGGAGGCAUUUGCCCAAUCACAGGAGACUAUGUGUUAAGUGCUGAAGCUGUACGCAACACCCUAAGUCUCAUGCAUUCCUGUGGCAUGUAUGACUUCUCUGGACAGUUCGCCUUCCAUGUUGGCUUGCCAGCAAAAUCUGGAGUUUCUGGGGCUGUGCUGUUAGUGGUUCCCAAUGUGAUGGGAAUGCUGUGUUGGUCCCCACCGUUGGACCGGCUUGGAAACAGCGUCCGUGGCAUUCACUUCUGUCAGGAACUUGUGUCCUACUUCAACUUCCACAAUUACGACAACCUGAGGCACUUCACCAAGAAGCACGACCCCAGGAGAACAUCAGAUGACGACCCAAGUAAGUCAGUGGUGAACCUGAUGUUUGCGGCGUACAGUGGGGACGUCACAGCUCUGAGGAGGUUUGCCCUCUCAGCUGUGGACAUGGAGCAGAGGGACUACGACUCCCGAACAGCUCUCCACGUCGCCGCCGCAGAAGGCCACGAGGAAGCUGUCGUCUUUCUGACGGAAAUAUGUAAAGUCAAUCCCUUUAUUAAAGACCGAUGGGGCAACACACCCCUUGAUGACGCCAUGCAGUUUGGCCAUGAUGUUGUUGUUUCAGUCCUGCAUAAGUACCAGAGUGAGUACGCCGACGGCAACUCACCGAGCAACACAGCAGAGGAGAAGACCACACUGGACACCAUGAAAAGUACUCUUUAA